AUUGCGAAUGCACCUGGAAACCACCUAGUUGAUUUUUAACGUCAUGAAACACUUGAGAGCUACUCUAGUACUUGUGCCUAAAACGCGUAAAGAUCAGUAGCGUUCUUGCAUCUUCGGUAUGAUCAUUCUAUGUUGUGGUUCGGCUCGUGAUAGAACUCCAUUUAUCAGUAGUGCAUUUUUUUAAAAGGAAACGAAAAAAAAGUCGGAGUCAAGAAUGGGCAACGGGUACGGCAGCGACUACUCGCAACCGCGGGGCCCCGGCGCACCGCCGCCGCCGCCGGUAGUCACGAAUACGUUUGUGCUGCGCAUAUGCAAUGCAAAAGUAGCAUAGACUACCGAUAAUUUAGAAUUUUCAUUUUUUGCAUUACACACACUUUCAUUUUCUGCAUGUCGAUUGUAUCCAGCCGCAGAUACUAGCGACGGGGGACUGCUCCGACUGCGACGGAAGAAGUGUAUUUUCACGUCUGUUAUGCAAAACUUCUAGUAUGUAUGGCACUUUUGAAACAAGGAAUUCCUACACCGUUGUACAUUUUUCCAUUUACAUCGGCUCGCCUCGUCUAUUUUUGCAGAGCAUAGCGCAACGGACGCUACGAGAGCCAGGCGCUGAUGCCCAACGCGUUUGACCGCGACGCCACGGGCUUCGAGGGCGGGUUUCCCGGGGCCAAUGCGAGCCAGGCGCGGAUGUGGCGGCCCCUGCACCCGCCGGACCUAAAGCAGACGAAGCUGAUACAGUCGCCGUUGCAUCUGCGGAGGGCGUUGUUAAAGGUAAGUAACGAGGAGGGGAUCCUCUGGCUAGAGAUCGGGUUUGAUGCGUCCUGCCCCGUGGUAUUGUCACUGAAAGUGGCAAAGGACAGCGAGGAAAAGUUUCCCUUUCCCGCAAUAGAAGAAAAGAGAAAACGAGGGCUGAAGCAAACGGUAAGAAGAAGUUGCAAGUGACGUACGUAUUUUUCUAUGAUUCGAUGUGUGACAACACCCAUGCGGAACUUUUAUACGCAUGACAGACUUUCUUGUCCUUGUCGAACCUUCUAUCAUUAAAUGUUCUGUAGUUCCGCACUUCCCUCGGCGCGGCAGAAAGAGUCACAACAGACGGGAUUCGUUUCGUUGUCGCUCUACGGCGGGACCUGAGUCUCUGCAAGCAGGCCUCGGUCAUCAACGGGCAACGGUCGGAAAUCAAGAUUUGGAAAGACGCGGGGUCGGGCAACUUCAAGGUGGACCUGGACAAGCAGGCUUUGCAGUACGCACCGGACCUAGAGAACACGUAUCAAGAAGGUUUUUCUCGUCCUCGUCUUCGCAAGAUGAAAAAGAGUCUGGUUUCGCAAGGAUGAAAACAAAGCGUUCAUUUUCUCAAUGGUGAAACUGCGUAAUUAUGUGAUUGUGAAGAAUUUUGUUGCUGCACCGAUAUCAUUUUCAUCCAUCCCGAUCUACAGGAACGACCUUCCCCCUGAUAUCGAGAAAGCUGACUGCUGGGACAUGCAGGAGGUCUACGGUGUGAAGAACCACGACGCGGCUGAGGAGGCUGCCACGGGACCCAACGUGGCCUCGGCCGCUGAUUACGACGAAGGUAACACCGAGUGCAUCAUCUGCAUGUGUGAGCCGCGGGACACGCUCGUCCUGCCCUGCCGCCACAUGGCCUUCUGCACCUACUGCGCGGGAAUCAUGCGACACCAGUGCGAACGGUGUCCGAUUUGUCGACAGGCGGUCACGAGCUUGUUGCGAUUUGAGAAGGACGAGGACGAGGAGUGCGACGAGGUGUUGAGCAACACUAUUCUCAGUAAAAACGUCCCCACCUCCUGCUCCCCAUAGUCCUGAAGAUGAUGAUGCCGCUAGACAUCAAAUCAAGAAGCUUUAGGACUGUCUCAUGACAUGAUCAAAUUUGGAACAACUCUGUAGUUUAGUUGAAAAUCAGCAUGGUUGGGCUCGCUUGGCCGCAUCACUAAGGCACAUUAAGCUACUUCGGGUAUAAUAAACUCCAAAACGCGACUAGAAAAUCAGAAACCGUCUCAACACGGAGAGCUGGAAGAAAAACAUCCUGAGCAUGCGUAUUUGCAUGACAGGAAAUCUAUGGCGGGGACGUUUUUACACAGGAGAAAUGCGGCGGGGCCUGUCUUGGGGAAGUUGCCCGUAGGGAGCAGCAGUUCCAGUAAUGUGGAGAAGGGGUCUACCGGUACGGUGACGCAGACCACGACCGGGCUGCUGCCGUUGAAUUAAAAUUGUUUUUAUUGUUUCGUAGUCGCUACUUCGAAAGUGUCAUCGGCGUGCUAUAGAAGCUACUUCGAAAGUUAGAUCGUAGAGCGCUGCGGCGCUUGACCCGAUUGUAUGAAAUUUGUAUGAAUGUAUGGCAAGAAGUCUAAGGAAAUCACCACUACAUUGUACAAAGUACUCAUUUGUAUUUGUCGUAAUGCUGUAUUAAUGUCGUCCCUCUACUUGUAUUCUUCCGAUCUGUACGUGUACUCACUGUAAAAUCAUUGUACAAAUCAAGCCGUAAAACUUCUACUACCCAGUAUCCAUCUGUGCGCGACUUUUGUUCGUUUGGCCUCGUCUCACUAACGAAGGAAAUCCAGAAGAAGUCUCACAUCAAAGCAACUUACUAACC